GCUAUGGCAGAAGCCAAGCAAGGAGGUGCAGGGGUGUUUGCCAAGAAUGUGCAGAAAAGAUUCUCCCGUGCACAGGAAAAGGUUCUACAAAAGUUGGGAAGAACAAUAGAAACCAAGGAUGAGCUGUUUGAGCAGAGCGCUUACGAUUUUAACAAGCAGCAGAAUGAAGGUAACAGGUUGUAUAAGGAUUUAAAGGCGGCUUUCAGUGCUGUAAAAGCAAUGCAUGAAAGUUCUAAGAGAUUAUCAGAAACACUUCAAGUCAUCUACAGACCAGACUGGGAUGGGUGUGAUUCCCUGAAAGCAAUUGUAGAGAACAAUGAUCUUCUCUGGAGUGACUAUGAAGAAAAAUUAGCUGACCAGGCCGUCCACAUCAUGGAGAAUUACAUGUCCCAGUUCUCAGAGAUGAAGGAAAGAAUAGCUAAGCGGGGAAGAAAACUGGUGGAUUAUGACAGUGCAAGACAUCACCUGGAAGCACUGCAAAGUGCCAAAAAGAAAGAUGAGGCCAAAAUUGCAAAGGCAGAAGAUGAGUUUAAUAAAGCGCAGAUGAUAUUUGAAGAUAUGAACAAAGAAUUAAGAGAAGAGCUGCCAGUUCUCUACAGCAGUCGAAUUGGAUGUUAUGUGACCAUCUUUAAGAAUAUUUCCAAUCUUAGAGAUGUUUUCUACAAGGAGAUGAGCAAGCUAAACCAUGACCUAUAUGAAGUUAUGAGUAAACUAGAGCGACAACAUUCCACCAAAGUCUUUGUUGUGAAAGGAGUCAAAAGUAAAAGAAAUUCUCUGCUGAUCUCAUCCCCUAUAAGUUCUUCUAGUUCCUUUUUCAUGGCUUCAAUAGACCCAGGGACAAGCAUUUCAAUUGGUGAAAAAGAUUUGUUAGAUGAAAAAUAUAAGGCCAAUCGCAUAUCUUUAACUUCAAAUGAAACUCAAGACUCCAACAAAGAUGAAAAUUCUUCUACUUCAACUGAAGAAGUGACUUGUGAAGAAUCAAACAUUAUUCCAGAUGUGAAACAACCGGAAGAAUCAGUACAUCAGAAAAAUGAGGAAUGUUCACGUGAUGAUACAUCAGUACCUGAAGAAACUGAACACUUGGAGAAUAAGGCAGGAAGUGACUCAAAUUGUGACAGUAAGGAAAUGUCUCAAAAACAUCAAGUGAUAACAAAUGAGAAGGUAUCAGAAAAUGCAACACAGAAAAAUACUGACAUCUUUACACAGAGUAGAAGUGACUACAAGGUAAUCUGUGAGACUAAAGGUCACUCCAGUUAUAUAGUUAAGGAAGAAGCCUACGAAGGUUCUAGUGAUACCAAGCAACUGGGCACUGAGAACAUAAAAGAUGGAGAUAUUCAGAAAGUGAUAGACAGCACACAAGAGAAUUCUAAUGAAAGUCCCCAAAGAGACUCCGGAGAAUCAGAGAACGAAAAACAAAAUAAUAUUUCUACAGAAGGAAACAAAGAGGAUGUUGAAAUCCAUCAACACAUUGGAAUGGAAUGCCAUAUAACAGUAGCGCCUCCAGAAUGUGAAAAUAUACAUGAAGGUAAGGAUUCUAAAAGACCAACAAAACCAUUGUCGUCUUCUGUGAUAAAUUCCUGUCAACCAUGUACAACUAAUCAAAUGAAAAAUUCAAGUGAUGAACCUUCUUCUGUGCCAGUUCCCUUCCAGCCUUGUCCAAGUGAUGAUGUGAAGAAUCCUGGCGAUGAACCUUUUUCUUCUGAGCCAAAUCCCUUCCAGCCUUGUCCAAGUGAUGAUGUGAAGAAUCCAAGUGAUGAGCCUUCUUCAGUUCAAAAUUCCUGCCAGCCAUGUAGAACUGAUGAAGUGAAGCAGAAUCUAGGUGAUACAAAUUCCGAUUGUGUACCACAUUCUUGCCAACCAUGCCUAACAGAUGAAGCAACACAUAAUCUAAGUAAUGAAACAUCUGACAAAAUAACUGGGACACUCCAAAGUGAAUCAGGAAAUACAGACCAAGUGAUGACACAACUGUAAAAUUCAGACACCAAAUGCAGAACAGCAGCUUAUGCUUAUGGCAGAACCUACAACAUUGCUCCUUACUCCUGUAUUAUAUUGUCUACAAUCUCAUGAUUACAGUCUUUCUGUAGGUAUCACUUAAAAAAACAA